AUGGCAAAGGCUUUGGAACGCAAAUAUAUUCGUUCAUCCAGACUAUCGGAUAAACAUAAUCAGGAAAGAUGGUUUUUUAUUAAUGGAAUUUGCGUUACAAAAUACUUUUUAGGUCAAAAUUGUAAUCAUUUGGAGGAACGUUUCGAUAGGGGGGUUACAGGAAUUUUAAAUAAAAGUUAUGGUGUGAUCAAUGAUAUAAUAGAGACCAUCCUUCAAAGAAGUUUUGAAGUAGAUACAAUUUCAGUACGUGUUUCUGUUGAAGAGAUUAUCCCAGCGCUCAGAAACAAACAAGUUAACACCGUUCGGUUAGUAGUGCAUUCACAAGGCUGUGUUAUAGCAAAUUUGGUUUUGAGAAGACUAUAUCUGGAAUUAAGCUACACGGGUGAACAAAAUUUUCUCAAUAAACUAGAGGUUUACACAUUUGGAAGUGCAUCUAGAGAAUUCACAAACCCAGGAAACUUGAUUAAACGCAUCGAACACUAUGCAAAUGACCAAGAUCCUAUUGCAAUGUUAGGUGUUCUUAGUGAAAUCAAUAACCCACGUUAUAACGGCGAGGUUUUUGUCAAUUAUACAAAGAACAAUGGUAAAGGACAUUCGUUCAUCAAGUUUUACAGUCUAAAUGAAUAUGAUUAUAGAACCCUAAGAAGUGACAAGGAUGGUAUUCCUACAUUUUUGCAACUUAAUGGACAUAUAAAUCCUAAUCUGCAAAUUAUCGAAAAAUAA